GCCGACGACAUUCAAACAAGGCAAGCGAGUUUCCCCUGACAGGCAGACGGGCGAGCCAACACGGUAGCAGCAACAGACAGAUCAGGCCACUGGCGAAGGGUGAAGCAAUGUGCCGCCGGCACAGAAAUACCCGGCGGACAGGCAAGCCAGAGUCGCGGGGUGAUUCCUUCCCUUCCCGCCUCCACGACAGACAUCAAGUAGAGAAAUGUUUGGAGGAGGGUGUGUCUCUUUCUCCCUCGCCAUUAGCUGCUAAAUGAUUUCGCUCCUUCCUCCUGAACUCCCCUCCCCCCACUAAGAUUUGUAUGAGACUUCAUUGCAAACCGGGCAGGGGGCUGGGUGGGACACGGUGUCUUUUGAUGACCUCGUUUUUCAUUCCCACGGCGCCAACCUCUGCCUUAUGGAUCUAUCGCGGUUUACUUUGGGUGCGUACGGAUGCACGCCUGAAACCGAACCGCCCUCUCCAGUCCAGUCUGAAGUUUAUUUCCGAGGAACUUAGCAGGGCUUUACAGAAAAAAAACAUCAACGUAGUACCACCACCACCCCCGCCCGCCUCAAGGAUUGUUGCGGUGUACAGCUCUGUCAGCCUGGGACUUCACCUGAAAAUCACAACUGGGAAGGAGGAGGAGAAGGAAACGUAUGCGCUUGGGACGCCGUUAAGCGCCAUCUGAAGGAUCUGUAUUUGACCACUCAGAAGGAGCUCGUGUGUGUGUGUGUGUGUUGUGUGUGUGAAUUGGAGAGAUCAGCAACACUUUUGAGAAGGAAAGGAACUUCCUCUUUCACUCUCUGCCCUUCCUCUUGUCAACAGCCGAUUUAUGAAGUGCUGAGCCGAGCUUGUUGGCUGGAGUUUCGAAACAGGAGGGCAAACGUUGGAAGAAAGGGUCCUAGAGAUUGAUCUGACUGCGCACGCGCCGCUUUCUGCCUUAGCGGCGGGGAAAGCGUCCCCCUCUUCAUUCUCCGCCCCUUUACCCUGCGGCGUCGUGAAUGGGGAGGCGGAAAUGCGCUAUCUUUAGUCAAUGGGCCACGGACGAGGGAGGAGGAGCCAAGGGUUCCGGGCGGUGCCGCCCAUUCACUCGCCUGACACCCCGCCUCUCCUCCUCCUGCCCCCCCAGAUACACACACUGGCCAUGCACCAUAUAGGCAAGGCUAAUGCCUUUGCUAACACACAGGGAGCAGCGCCGGCUUCUCGGAGACAGCAAGAGGGGACAGCUGGCAAAAAAAAAACCCAACCGCCCUGUGUAAGGAGAGAGGUGUUUAUAAUCUAAGGCUUUGCAUCUGAAUCUUCUGCUUUCGGCUCCGGACGAUUUACGCCUCUCCCCCCGCCCGUCUCUCUCCUCCUCCCCCCCAGCCACCUUCCGGCCCCCAAAGCUCUCUAAACUUAAGCAAACCGGGGAGGAGGAGGGGGGAGCUGCGGGAGGUGGAGUUGAGGAGCCGAGUGAAACUUGCUGGAAGUUUGUCGCGACGGCUGCGGCAGGGCGAUCGGGAGCGCUAGCGAGAGGAGCCGCUCGGGAGAGCGCCCGCCGCCGAAUUCCGGCACACGCGAAGCCGAUCGCCAGCCCGACCCCCUCUCGGCUGACACGUCCGUCUUCCUGUCUUCCUAGCCGGUUGCAAGGGGCCGGUCGUGGCGAGCGGCGGAGGCGAGCAGCUGCGCCCAGAGGGAAAUCCAGCCCAGGAUCCGGAGGGAAAGGUCGCUCGCUUCACCUGUUCUAGGAAGGGACUGGCAAGCGAGGAUGGCAGGCGAGGAAGCGCCUCGCUCCGCCUCCACAUAGAAGGAAAGUUUGCCGAGAGAGGCGGGCGGGUGGAGGACUGCCUCGUUGAGGGAAUUUGCUCUCCCUGGAAGCGGACAACUCUCGUGACUCUCUCUUACGAUUCGGAUCGACUCUAGAUUUGUUCACCGUACUUUAAAAAAAGAUAUACUUAUAUUUUUUGGCCUGUUUGCAUCGUUGGGGUUAACUUUUCACGGCUUCCAAUGCUGCUACUGCUGGCGACAGCCUGUGGCUCCUUUCCUCUCCUCCCAUCGGCUGUCAAAUGCCCCAGUUCCCGCCAAGCGUAGAGUUGAGUAGGACUUGGGUUUUUAACAGAGCACUUUCCUGAUUUUGCACUUCCUUGAACUGAGGAGCAGGGAAUUGGAGGGCGGGAGGGAGACAGGACCUUUUUCGCAGAAUCGACGGCACUAACAACGAUUGUCAAAAGAUAGCGUCGCAGAGGCAGCGGUGGAGUUUUGUCGGACCACCAGGCGACCAAUCUUGGGGUUCAGAGUGUGGGGGGAAGCACCCCCAAAUUUGGGCACAGCAGCCGUCCAGAGGGUAGGAGCCACCAUUGAUUUCCUGCGGGUGGCUCGCAGCGACGGGCUGGGCGCCGCCGCCGCCGCCGCCGCCGCCGCUGCUGCCGCCACGGGCAUGGCCAAGCCGGUGGACCACGUCAAGCGGCCCAUGAACGCCUUCAUGGUGUGGUCGCGGGCGCAGCGGCGCAAGAUGGCCCAGGAGAACCCCAAGAUGCACAACUCGGAGAUCUCCAAGCGCCUGGGCGCCGAGUGGAAGCUGCUGAGCGAGGCCGAGAAGCGACCCUUCAUCGACGAGGCCAAGCGCCUGCGGGCCAUGCACAUGAAGGAACACCCUGACUACAAGUACCGCCCGCGGCGCAAGCCCAAGACGCUCCUCAAGAAGGACAAGUUCGCCUUCCCUGUCGUGCCCUACGGCCUGCCGGACGCCGCCGAGCAUCACACUCACCACCUGGGGCACCAUCAUCCGGCCCUCAAGGCCGGCGCCCUGCACGGGCACGAAGCCCUGCUGGCCAACCCGGAGAAAGCGGCGGCAGCCGCUGCGGCGGCCGCAGCCCGCGUCUUCUUCCCUCCGUCGGCGGCUGCGGCGGCUGCGGCGGCCGCAGCUGCAGCCGCCGGCGGCCCUUACUCGCUGCUCGACCUGGGCUCUAAGAUGGCAGCGGAGAUCUCAUCCGCCUCGGCGGGCUCCGGCGGAGGGGGCUCGGCGGCUGGCCUGCCCUAUGCCGCCUCUUCGCUGGCUUACCCGACGGCUGGAGGUGCUUUUCACGCUGCUGCCGCUGCUGCUGCCGCCGCUGCCGCCAGCGGGGGGCACACUCACUCGCACCCUUCCCCGGGCAACCCGGGCUACAUGAUCCCCUGCAACUGCAGCGCCUGGCCCAGCCCGGGGCUCCAGCCCCCGCUGGCCUACAUCCUCCUGCCAGGCAUGGGCAAGCCCCAGCUGGACCCCUACCCCGCGGCCUACGCGGCGGCUCUAUGACACCCUGCCCCCCACUUUGGACCCCUGUACAGAGGAAGCCUGCCGGGCCCCGGGGGGCUGGACUCCAGCAUCAGUCUCCGGGCUCUCGGACUCUAGCACUCGCCGACCCGAAGACUCUUCUUCCCACUCCUUCCAGCCUGCUGCUGCUGCUGCAGCCGUCCAGCCGGCCCAGCCACCUGAUCUGCGGGGUUGCCGGCCCAGAACAUUUCAACCGUCUGUCUUGUUGCCUCCCUCCCCGCUCAUCCAUGUCUGCAACCCUGUUGCCUCCCCCCCCCCAGACAGCAAUCUCCCUGCCCUCCUUCUGCACCUGCCCCUGGUUGUGGUUGUUUUCCCCCGGAUUUUUUGAAGGGUGAUGGGUGGAAAGAGGAGAGGUCGCACGUCCCCUCCCGAACAUCCCGUUGGAAACGCUGAGCCACUUGCAGUCUCUUUGGGAUUGUCUCUUUCUUCCUUUCUUUUCUCCCUUCUCUCUCCCUCCCCAAAUCCCAUCCCAGUCCACAGAGGGUCCAGAAAUGUCGACUCUAAGCCUUCACUAUGAGCCUCAUCAGUUUCAGAUCGAAAGUUGGCAGGGCGCACGAAAGUUGGCAGGGCGCAAGAACCACCCCGCGAAAUAAGCACGGUUUAGUACCUCGUCUUAUGAUCAGGGCCAUCAAAGGAGAAUUAACAGGCAGGGUCGUUGUUAAUUUCAUCUUAGGCUUCCCUCUUCCCCUUCCCCUUUUAAUUUAUACAACAAAGUUCUCUAGGACAACUGUUCAGCAGGUUCCCAGUUCUCGAGAGGAGACAAGAACCACUGCCUGUCACUUUGUCGCCCCCACCUCACAUGUAAAUGUGUACAUGUCCGUGGGAACUUCACGUGUCAGAUUGCUUUGCUGCAUUAUUUCAGUCACUUGGCGGGGGGCGGGCUGUGAUCCUAAGCCUACAGCGCCUUGGUAAUGGGUCUCGUUGCAAUCAAUGGGCCUUUUUUCCAAGCAAAUGUGUGCAGGAGUCCGAGUGCGGUAGAUAGACAGCAUCAACAACAACAGCAAAACAACAACAGAGCGCCCUUUAAAGCGAGUUCAAAAGAUUGCGAGCCCCUUUUCGGUGAUUUAGAAUUGAAAAGAAAAAUCAGACUUCUUGUCUGAGAAAUAAUUAUACAUUUACUGAGAUGUUGGUGUAUCCUAAACCGCUGUGUUACGAGAGAAGACGCUUAUUCUUCACUUUCUGUCUCACCCCUUCUCUCAGGAAAACCUCAAGUGUUCCCAUGUGGUUUGACCAGACUAGGGAGGUGCGGGGGAAUCUUAUUUUUUUAUAUAUAAAAGCAUAAACCAUUCAGUUGCAGAUAAUGAUUUUGAAGGGCAGGGGAAGUCAUUUUAAACUGUCUCUUACAUCACAACCUUUUUCGUUUACUUUUGUAAUGUGUAUAUUUGGAUUAAUGUUUGUGAAUCAAGUUGGCUAACCUGUAUUUAGUUUACUUUUUUGUUUUGUUUUCUGUAAUAUAAGGUUCUUUGGGGAAAAGUUUUUAAGUAUUGGUUUUAACAUUUGACGUGUAUAAAUGAGUUUGCUGGUGUGCUCUAAUUUAAAAUUAGACGUCUAAACUAUAUCUGUACAUUUAGAAUCCGACUUACCACUCUGUUCAUUUUGGAACAAUGAGUUUAAAUAAAAGCCUGAAGCAGGGGAAAGAGAAAAUCCUCUAUUUCUUGUUGAGUUACUUACAAGAUUUUAAUCUCAAUUGCCCUUACCUGCCUAGGCCAGGUGAAGUGUAAGGUAUCCUCCAAAGACUGUCUUUGUUUCGCUUUUGAAUACAUUGACUAGGAAAUCUAAAUCAGACCAUUGUAAGGUAGAACUAAACCCUGAUUUAUCACAUUUGGAAUCGUGAAUAGGAAAGAAGUUUUUUUUUUAAUCCAAGUAAUUCUAUUAUGGGGGGGUAGAGGAAAAGAAAUUGCAUUCAUGAGUUCGUUGGAUAAAACACACAGAGAAAUGAACCGAUUUCCAUGUAGUAUUUUCAGAGCAGAAAGUUGUUGGGCUGCUUCCACUAUAAAGAGCUUCUCUGCUUCAAAUCUGUGUAAUUCUUGCGAUAUUUCAUAUUACACACCUUGCACUAAGGACACCCUGUCCGAAUCUGUUCAUUU